AUAUUUAGGUCACUGUAUGGGAACUGAAAGCGGGACAGUUCUAAAUGAAGUGACGUAAAGUUAUAAGAAUGUCCAUGGAUGUAUGACCAGCUAUCUGUUCGGGAGCCUAUCCCGAUAAGAAAACUGAUGAGAAAUGGCGGACAGGAGCAAAUCAAGUCCAGAACAAAAGGAGACAACUGACACUGAUGAUGACGGCGUGAUAGUUACGGCAGGACAAACUGCGAUCGUACCUAUGGCAACGGCAACACCCUGUAACUCACAUUGUUCACAAACUGUGAUUAAUUUUGGUGAGAUGUCCAACCAAGUGAUACAGAAAUCCUCUAAUGUCCAGAAUGUCCAGAUGACUUUCAACUUUGACCAUGCAGAAAACAUGGUUUUCGGCGAGGGAGGCAGCAUCAUCAACGCUGGAGACAGAAAGGGUCUGGAUUUAUCAAAGCAGAGCUGCUUGAUAGAUCAAACAAAAGCUUGGGUUUUGGAUCAAAGAGAGAGACAGCCCUAUGUACCUACAAAAGCCAUCUCAGUUGCCAAGGAGAAAAUUUUGAAGAACAAAUGCUUGAUAAUUAGAGGAAAUUCCGGAGAUGGAAAGACCCGUUUAGCUGUAGAACUGUUGCAUUGGCUGAUGAACGAACAUGACAUGGACAUCGGACAAACCGGGGAGACAAGCUGUCCGAAAAAAGAACCGAUUUCGCUCACAGACUUGAUGACAUGGGACAAUACAAUUUCACCGAAUUCCCAUUUAGCCAUUUUGUUUGAUGACCUGUUCGGUUAUGGGUCCGAAAUUCAAAAAGAGAUAAAUUGGUGGAAAAAGCGCGAAAGUUUCAUCAGGCCCUGUUUACAGGGAGCAGGGAAUGACAGGGCAAACUGUUUGAUCAUCACCGUACGCAAUGACAUAUAUUACGAACACAAAUCCAUGUUUGAUGGGCAGGUCUUGUUUACGCAAGACAAUGUCAUUGAUCUGAGCUCUACUGAAUUUUCAUUGGAGGAUGAAAAGAAAAGUAUUUUGAAAAUGUAUACGACUACAUUGGGAAACUUUCAACAAUUUUCCGAAAGAGAAAUUGCUGAAAUUUUAAGAACAUCUCCAGGAAUUGGGUUUCCCGAGUGUUGUCGGGUUUUUGCUUCUACUUCAGAACUACAACACAAAAGGGUCAACUUUUUCAAACAUCCAUUGAAAUACAUGAGGGAUGUGAUAAAAGGGAAAUUUCACGAAGAGCAACAAAAAGCACUUCUCUAUCUCUUCCUGUCUCACGGACAUGUACCUGCCAAACAACUUGAUUUGGAAAAUGAAAGUAUUGACCAAAUAACAGUUGAGAAAGUUUUCAACAUGUCAAUGUCAGAAAAAAUUCAGGAGAGCUUGAAUGGAGAUUUAGGUUCAAAGCUCAGAUGCAUCAAGAAAGGUUUAGAGUCUUUGUGUGGUUCCUUCGUAAGGAAAGAAAAAGGUGUUUACCAUUUUUUUCAUGAUUCCACACAGGAUGCAGUGGCCAUACUCUACGGGGAGCUCACACCUCAGGGCUUCCUGAAGUACUGUAACAGCGAGUGUUUACGUUACAUUGCGACACCUAAGUGUAAGGAAACAUCGUGCAAGAUAGUCGUGGAUGAGGGUAUAUAUGAAUAUGUGUAUCAACGCAUAUUUGAAGAAUUGAAGUUGGGGGAUGGUGCAAAGUUAAGUGUCAUAGCCUCUCUUAUACCCUGGAGUGACGGUCAGUUUUUGUCAGGAUUUUUUGAGUGGAUUGAUGAACAAGUCGCUGUGCCAGAAGAUUUCCGCUUUCGACCGAAAACAGGAAACGAGAUGAGCGAUGACUGUGAUGGUGUAUUCGAUCAAGAGAUGAAUGAAGACGAACAAAGCUGUUUCUUUGUUGUUGUCGCAAAAGUAAACUCUUACUGUUUACUGAAACGGCUGAUUGACAGAAGUUUUGCCUCUGCGGGGCAAUUGAAGAAAGCCUUGGAUCAAGCUAUAAGCUCAGGAAGUGAGGAAUGUGUGUCUCUUCUCUUAGAGGCCGGUGUGAUACCCGAUUCAAGCUCAUGCUUUUCCGCAGUAGAGGGUGGUAAAACAGAUCUACUACACAAGUUAGAUCGCUAUGACAUUAUCCCGACAUCCAGAGCAGAAAUGUCACGGUCGGGUUAUCAGUUGGAAGACGUCAACGUGUUUCACGAGGCAUGUUUGUUUCAGCAUCAAGAAAUGGUGAAUUUCUUGCUGGAGAAAUAUCCGUCUCUUUUACAGGAAGAUGGGCGGUAUGGUUACAGCAGCCUUCAUUUCAUCGCCAGGACAGGAAACCUGUCGCUCUACCAGCAGGUGGAGCCACUAGUACUGGAGGGUUACACUGGAACAGACCAACACUACAUCGAGUCUCUGUUAGAUGUGGACGGUAAAACUCUGUUGCACGCUGCAUGUGCGUCUGGUAGCUUGGGACUGUGUGAACAUCUCUGUAUCAGAUAUACAUCUCUCGUGUCGAAUACUGACAAGUUUGGACGACAUUCUCUGCAUUUCGCCGCCAUGUCUGGAAAUUUGGACUGCUUCAAAUAUAUAGCGGCACUAACUCUGAGGGAGAAGACCCAGGAAGAAUGUCAAUGUUUCAUGGCCGCACUGGUGGACGUUAGGUAUCAGAGGACAGUCUUACACUGGGCGUGCGAGUCUGGAUGUAAAGAGUUAUGCAUCUUUGUAUGUCAGGAAUACCCAUCUCUGUUAUCUCAAAGGGACAGGAAUAGACUUCAUUGUCUCCAUUUUGCAGCCGUAACAUGUGACCAAGCCUGUUUUGAAGCAUUGGCCAAAUUUGUUCUAAAAGAUAAGAACGGGUCAGAGAUAAGGCACUUUAUGGACAGUCUGAUAACAAAUGACCAGCGCACAGUUCUACAUGUGGCAUGUCAGUCGGGAAAUCAAGAUCUCGCCAUGUAUCUCUGUAAAACCUACCCUUCCCUGCUGUCUCUUAGAGAUAAAAGGGGACGCCACUCUCUUCACUACACGGUUGAACCUGGUAAUCUAGAAUUUUACAGAUCCAUCGAAUCAUUGGUACUUGCAGGUAAGACUUACUCAGAGCGCCAGCUGUUCAUGGAGGAAGUCACUAGUCAAUUCAAUGGUACAAUACUGGUUAGGGCUUGCUGGUUUGGAAGCAAAGCUAUUUGCAUGUAUUUGUGUGAAAAAUAUCCAUCCCUUUUGUCCAUUAGAGAUAACUUUGGCAUGCACUGCAUCCAUUAUGCAGCUAUGUCGUGGAACCUGGAUUGCUACAAAGCUAUCGAGGCCCUAGUCAUACGGGAGGAAUCAGCCAAAGGAAACAAAAACUACAUGGAGAGCUUGUUAACAGACCGUGGCGUGUCCGUCGUAGAUUUGGUCAGCGGGGAGGUAGAGGUUUACAAGAAGGCCUUGCAUGAUUAUGUGAUGAGCUCUGCCAGGCCUACCUCUUCUUCUAACCGUAGUAGUAGUAGUAGGAGCAGUCCUUCUAGUGUAAGAACGAGACGAUUCUCCUCCCCAAUUAACAGUUCCUCACAGCAUUAAAAUGUACUAUUCUUAUCAGUCCUCGGCCAGUAAAACUGAAAGAGGACCCUAUUGUUAGCCAUGUGGCCGGGGCCAGUGGUUAGUGCACUCACCUUUCACCACAAGAUGAUGAGGGUUCAAUUCACACAUUGGAUGUUAAAAAAGUAUGGGGUCACCAGCUCAACCUCAUGGAUUAUCUCUGUCCAGUUUCCUUCCAUAUUAAGACCCCAGCAGGCUUCCAUUUAGACUCACAAGAGCUAUUCAUUGUAGUUUAAAGCUUGUUUCAUAAUGUUGCCAAAUUUCAGUUAAUUUUAUAACGAGAUUUGCUUAAUGUUUGUUCGAUGCCGAUUGGUUUUCUACUUUUGAUCAAUCUUUGCUCAGGUAUACGUACUAGUACGUACUAGUCAUCACUUCAAUCGAAUCAUUGUGUGUCCUGUACCCAGUUUUCCUGAUCCACGACUAAAAGUCAUUUAAGGUCACAAUGAAUUAAAUUAUCCCACUUCAACCACAAGCAUCUGCAACUUGAUUGUAAGAAUAUGAAAUAAGUCGUCCCUAUACCUAGCCCAAUUUUCCUCUGGUCCCUGACGCCAGAUUUAGACAUUUUGACAGAAAGAUGUCUGGUGUGCGACAUCUCUCUGUCAAGGGCUGUUCCCUACCCUACUACAAUGUCUACAGUACUAUAAUAAUAGUAGGGCAGGGAAGACUUCUUUCAUACUUUCACACUUACCACACAGGGAAAUGCCUGUGUUUCGACAAAUGGUUUUGUAUUCAAAUUUGUGUUCAAAUCAUAACAUUAACACACUAGAUAUUUUGUAUGUACAUGGAUAUUCACUAAGCAGAGUGUAUACCACUUGAGCAUGUCUCUGUGACACUUGGCCGUGAUAGAUAUGGUGUUGACAUCAUUUUUUAUGCUUUCUUGAAGAUGGUAAAAACCCUGGAGUUGUGUGAUAAUUCCUUAUUUUAACAGUUUCUAUAUUAAUGUGAUGACCUCAUUUUCAAAAGUAAAAUCACAAAAUCUUAGAUUCAAUUCUUUUUAUUCAAAAAUGCACAAAUAUUCUAUUUCCAGGAAUUUCAUGUCUGAAAAUAACUUUUUAACUGAAUGAUGAAUAUGUGCACUUUUUAAUGAAAACACUGAAAUCUAAUUUCAUUAUUUUACUACUGAUAGAGACUGUGGGUUAAUGUUUCAUCAUUUGAAAUGUGUAACUUGUACAGUCGUUCCAAACCUGUCGCUUGUUGACUGAAAUUUUAGGAUAAUCUGACCUCUUGGUGCAACAAAACAAUCAUUUUCCUCAAGCCCAUUUAACAACUAUAUAAAUUUACUUGUAACAUUACAUUUGAAUAUAUUGAACAUGAACAAUAUGAGAAAUUGUAUAUUAUUGUGUCAUUUUCAUUUUUUUUAAAUAAAUAACAAGCGUUCUAAUUUUAUACUCUAAUCUCAAAAUAAUGUCAUUGUACAUUUUCAAUUUAAAAAUAAAUGAAUAGCAAGCAUUCUAAUUUUGUACACCAAUAAUCUCAGUACCAUAUAACUGUACUCCACCUGAUAAAUACUUCAUCCCUUAGAAACUCUUGCUAUCCCUUUUCUAGUCUGUGCUUCUCAUUCCAUUGUAAUAAAUAACCAUAGGUACUUAAAAUGAGACAUAUCUUUUGAAAAGAUAAACGUCGGAGUUUUAGUGGAAAUAAAUUUGAGAGCAGUUGUGAUCUUUUGACGUAAUGUAAAAUAAUAUUAUUUUAUCCUUAAUUACCCAUCAUCAUAUAAACUUAAGAAAAAGCACUUGUCUGUUAUCAUCAAGGCCUUUUUUUUAGGUUCAAAUUGGAUUUUCUUUCCCCAGCAUCUUUUGGGGAGGAUGCCAGGGUUUGGGUGCCACGGGAUCAUCCCUCUUACGUCAUAUAACCUCACACAGGAGGCCUCUUCCCCUUUAUUCCUGCUUUCUUUUUCAUUUCUUCUCUCAAACUCCAAAUCAUUCAUUCUUUCAUUCUCAUUCAUUACAAGAAUUUACUUACCAUUAUGGCUAAUUGGGGAAAGAUUUGAAAGGCUAUACAAAUUCUUACUUUCCCAAAUCUUACGCCCAGGGCGCUUGCCGUUAUUAUGUGGAUUAUUUAGGUAAUGUCAUAUACUACCUACUGAGUCAAAACCAGUACUGUGUUUAUGAGGGUAAAGAAGUGGAGUGUGGUUGCUGUGAGAGUGAAUAUACUAAAAGAUAUAUACUUGGUGAGUGUUAUCAAUAAAUGAGAUCAUGUUGGUCCUGUUUAGAAGUCCUAAAAAGGGUGAAUCUAGUCAAAAAUUAACCACACUGUACACAUGUGACUCCAGGAUACUAGUUAAGUGGUGUACAUGACCGUCUUCCUUACUUUAUCUACAGCGUAUAUUGUAUAGUUUUUGUAAUUGCAGCAGUUUACAUUUUUAAAAAUUUUAAGUGUAGUUAUACCCCCAGGUAAUUCCUUGCUAAGCAUUUACUUUGUGAUUGUAGGUUUUCAAGUCUCUGAGAGCUUCAUUUCAUUGUUUCUGUUACAUGACUCAAGUUUUUUUCAUUUUUUCAUGAAAACAUAGCUUUUUUAUGUUUAUAUUUUAUAUAGAUAAUUUUCAUUGAUCUGAAUGAGUAUUGAAGAUAUAUGAAGGUAGGGAUAUGCAAAUAUUGAUCUCUUUAAAUUGUAAAUAUGUAAUAAGAUUACAGUGAA